ACAGCAGCCUUGCUAUACGUAGUAAACAACCGACUGAGAGCACCAUGGAGGUUAUGUACAAAGCCACCUAUCCCUGCGACAAACUGUCUCGCCCUCCUGCAGUUAAAGCUGGAGGAAUGCGUGUAACAAAAAAGCAAGUUAGUGAAAGUGGAGCCCCAGAGAAACAUUUGAAGAAACCUGUUGUAGAAAGGCCAAGCUCCCUUGUGAACAUGACAAACAUACAAGCCAUGAAUCUCUUGACAGGGGCCUUGGAUAAGCUGGGCCAUGAAUUUCCAGCAGAUGCUGCAUACCUUCCUCACCAGAAGCCCCUGCCUACGGUGGAGAAAACUGUCCUACCGAAGAAACUCUACAUUAUUCAACAGCCACGCAGAUUUUAGAUGUGAACUUUAAUUUGCUGUAAUUUUGUAUGGGCUCUUUUCU